UUAUAUGACAGUUAACGACUACCUAGCUAGUCUAUAAAUCAAACCAUGAAAUGGAAAAUAUACGUACUGCGGGCACACUAAAAAUAAAAUAAAAUCUAAGUGCCUUUUGAAAUGGCAAAUUGGUGUUCAAGAUCAAAAAGAAGCAUCAUCGUUGCUCUUCCAUCUCUACUAAGCAGCACUACGAAGCUUGGAUGUCCUCCCGGCCGGCGUGCUCACUUUUCCGAGUAUUCCACCGGCGCCGGCACUAGCCACGGAUAUCAGCAGCCGGAAAUGGCGCCGGCCAAGUCGGCCGCCAUUUUCUCUGCGCAGCGUUUCGAGUCGCUGAGUGCUGCACAGCUGGCAGAUUACUUCUCUUCCGAGGACGAUUAUGAUGACAGUCAUUAUGAUACUAAUCGGGCAUUGGAUUUCCCAGGCGGGAAGGUGCCUUUCACUACGAAGAUGAAGUUUAUUACUGGAGCUAUUGAUGAAGAUGGGAGGAUCCCCUGUUUUCGUGUUCUGGAUGAUGACGGCAAUCUCUUGCCCGCCGGCACCGCAUUGGAUCAGGUGAAAGAAGAAAAGGCAGUGAAGAUGUAUAGUACAAUGGUGAGUGUUGAAACAACGGACACCAUAUUUUAUGAAGCGCAAAGGCAGGGGAGAUUGUCCUUCUACUUAACCUCCUAUGGAGAAGAAGCUGUCAGCAUAGGAUCUGCGGCUGCCCUCUCCCCCCAAGACAUUUUAAUGCUUCAGUACCGGGAACUAGGGGUUCUGUUCUGGAGAGACUUCACCCUGCAAGAAAUGGCAAACCAAUGCUUUGGGAAUAAGUAUGACUACGGGAAAGGCAGGCAAAUGCCCAUUCACUAUGGUUCCAACAAGCACAAUAUCUUCACCAUUUCUUCCCCUCUUGCGACACAGAUACCUCAAGCGGCAGGAGCAGCGUAUUCGCUGAAAAUGGAGGGUAAAGACGCUUGUGUAGUGACUUAUUUUGGAGAUGGAACCACAAGUGAGGGAGAUUUCCAUGCUGGCUUAAAUUUUGCAGCGGUUAUGGAAGCACCUGUGGUGUUCAUAUGUCGUAACAAUGGAUGGGCCAUUAGCACUCCUCUCGCUGAACAAUUCCGAAGUGAUGGAAUUGUGAGUAAAGGAAAAGGUUAUGGGAUUAAAAGUAUUCGUGUUGAUGGAAAUGACGCUCUUGCAGUCUACCAUGCCAUCCGUGUUGCUCGUGAAAUGGCCAUCAAACAACAAGCCCCCAUACUUGUUGAGGCCCUAACGUAUCGUGUAUCUCACCAUUCAACAUCUGAUGAUUCCACCAAGUACCGCCCAACACAAGAAAUAGAGCACUGGAAGACAACACGAAGCCCCGUGGCAAGGUUCCGAAAAUGGAUACAGAAGAAGGGAUGGUGGAGUGAUGAGAAGGAAACUCAACUUCGCCGGGAUACCAGAGUUCAGGUUUUACAAGCAAUUCAAGAAGCAGAGAGGAUGGAGAAACCUUCACUGUCAAAUUUGUUUACUGAUGUUUAUGACCAUCUGCCUUCAAACCUUAAAGAACAAGAAAAAUCAUUAAGAGACACUGUCAUGAGACACCCUAAGGAUUACCCCACCGAUAUCCCCAUCUAGAACAGCCAUAUUAUGCUGUAGUAUAUUGUACUAUUCUAAAAGGCCUACAGAUUAUGGAUUGAAGACAUGAAUCAUGAAUUGCAUGGCAUUGUAUUUUACUUGUUUAUGGUGGUAAUUGUAAUUGGGACUGCAAAAUAACUAUUCCUUGAUUGUAUAUUU